CGCAUUUACAACACGUCACCGGUACAAGGUCCGGUGUAAACUCGGCUGUGUUGUGUGUGUUUUUGUUUUUUAAAAAAAUGAGCAUUAGUUUGAUAAUAUAACUUGUUUUCGGGUGCACGACUGCGUUUUUGUUGUCGUUGUUGUUGUUUUUCAGGAUCAGUUUAGCGGAUUGAGAGAAUGGCGGAGGCUCCGGAGGACGUGCACACGGAUGAGUGUCUCAGCACAUACACACACAUCUACAGCCAGGACCUGCUCAAGGAUCAAGUGGCGUUCAUAACGGGCGGCGGCUCCGGCAUCGGCUUCCGUAUCGCCGAGGUUCUAAUGAGGCACGGCUGUGACACGGUCAUCGCCAGCAGGAACCUGGAGAAGCUCACCGAGGCGGCUAAGAAGCUGACCAGCGCCACGGGACGACACUGCCUGCCCCUGCAGAUGGACGUGCGUCAGCCGGACACCAUCUCUACCGCUGUGGACGAGAUGCUGAAAGAGUUUGGACGUGUCGAUAUUCUUAUCAACAACGCGGCGGGGAACUUCCUGUGUCCUGCCGCCGCUCUGUCCUUCAACGCCUUCAAAACGGUUUUGGAGAUUGACACCAUGGGAACGUUUAACACCAGCAAAGUCGUCUAUGAAAAAUGGUUUAAGGAUCACAGCGGCUCCAUCGUGAACAUCUCAGCCACGCUCGGAUACAAAGGUCAAGCGCUCCAGGUGCAUGCUGGGUCGGCAAAGGCUGCCAACGAUGCCAUGACAAGACACUUGGCGGUGGAAUGGGGUCCCAAUGGCGUCAGGGUGAACACUGUGGCACCAGGUCCAAUCUCUGGCACCGAGGGUUACCGCAGACUCGGUGGCUCUCAUGCGGAGAGUGCAGGAAUUUUCCGGACCAUUCCUCUGCAGAGGGCGGGAAACAAAACGGAAAUGGCGCACACUGUUCUUUUCCUGGCAAGCCGUGCGGCUUCGUAUGUCACCGGUGCCACGGUAGUUGCGGAUGGAGGGGCGUGGCUUACCUCAGCCAAUGAUGUGGAGCGCUUGCUUGGUAUACACUCGUCUCGCUCUGCUAAACUUUGAGAGGCAGCACUGCACACAGAUCUUUGGUCACAAGAGAAAAGGAAAGACAAAUAAACCUGAUCUGGGAGGAGUGAAGACAUCAUCACAGAUUCUGAUCAUUAAAAUACAUUUAAUAAUGAGAUACUGCACACGCCCAGUUGUAUAUCAAUACGUACCGCAUGGUAGGUAUGAUGCUGGUCUGUGAAAAAAUCCUGUACCUAAUGUGCCUUCUGGAGAUAUAUAUUCAGUAUGCAAGAUAAUUAUUGUUAAUGACUGGAGAUGUGAAAUAGGCGUUCCUUGGUUCCUGAAGGGUUCUUUGUUUAAGGGUACCUUUCUAAUGGGGAUUUGAAAGGGGAACUCUCUACAAAAACCUUUAAGAUUUCCCAUAGAACAGGGGGUUCUCAAACUUUCUUAUAGUCAAGAACCCCUACAAGUGCAAAAAAACAACAACAAAAAAACAACUGGAGCCAGAGAUUAAAUUAUUUUUCUCUAUUUUUAAUAAAAUUGAAUUGUUAGAUUCCAGGUAAUGGUAGGUCGUGUUACACCACAGUAACAAAAUUAGAAAACUGAGGACCCCUUGACUCUGUUUCACAAACCUUUUUGAUGAUCGAAGAUUGUAACAUGUUUAGAAAACAUUAAUGUAAAUAUAAUUUCUCUAUUCUAGCCCUACACACACGGUUUCUGUAAUAAAACCUAUAUAAUUCUUGCUA